UCCGGGGCCGGCGGGACGCAGCCGAGGAGGCGGGGCGCGCGCGGGCCGCGCCUUCGCGCCCGGGACGCCGGUGCGGGGCGGCCGGCGCGCUCAUGAGGCCGCCGCCGGGCGGGAGGACGCGGAGCCGCGGCCUCUCGCUGGGAGUCCUCGCCCUCUGCGUGGCCGCCGCCCGCUGUCUGCAGAGUCAGGGCGUAUCUCUGUACAUUCCCCAGCCAGCCAUCAACGCCACGGUGGAAGAGGACAUCCUGCUCUCGGUGGACUACUCCUGCGACGGGGUCCCCACCAUCGAAUGGAAGUACACGUCCAGCUGGGGAGUGCAGAAGAUCGUGGAGUGGAAGCCAGGGACUCAGGCCAACAUCUCCCAGAGCCACAAGGACAGGGUGUGCACCUUCGACAAUGGCUCCAUCCAGCUCUUCAGCGUGGGCGUGCGGGACUCCGGCUCCUACAUCGUCACGGUGACCGAGCGCCUGGGGAGCAGCCGGUUUGGCACCAUCGUGCUGCACGUCUCAGAGAUCCUCUAUGAAGACCUGCACUUUGUCGCUGUCUUCCUUGCUUUUCUCGUUGCUGUGGCCGCACUGCUGAUCAGCCUCAUGUGGGUUUGUAAUAAGUGUGCCUAUAAAUUCCAAAGGAAGAGAAGACACAAGCUCAAAGAGAGCACAACGGAGGAGAUUGAGCUGCAGGACAUAGAGUGUUAGCCAAGGCCAGACCCAGUGACAUUCCUACCUCAAGAGGAAGACGUGAUUUUCCCACGAAAGGAAGACAUGCGGCCAGUCCCGCCCGAGCCUCUUGUUCUGCCAUAGCCACCCGUUGCUGCUGGGGUAGCUGCAUGCUGACGAAGCUGACUGCCUGGAGCUGGACUCUGGAUUGGACCAUGUCAGUCCCAGUGGUGUGGAGGUCAGCGAGGAGGAGGGUGGUGCUAUGGGCCGGCGCUGUGCCCGGCCGUGGGGCCGCAGCGGCCCAGUGCCCCAUCUGCUUCCUCACUGCACUCUCCUCCGGCGAGGCAGAGGGUGGUGGCGGGGUCCCCAUGCCUGUGUGCCCUGUGCUCAGGCAUAUCUGAGUCUGUGACCCUGCGGACUAUAGCCCACCAUGCUCCUCUGCCCAUGGGAUUCUCCAGGCAAGAACACUGGACAGGGUUGCCAUUUCCUCCUCCAGGGGGUCUUCCCAACCCAGGGGUCGAACCCAGGUCUCCUGUGGCUCCUUGCCUUGCAGGUGGGUCCUUUACCUCCUGCGCCAUCGGGAAGCCCCAUAGCAGAGGCGGGAGUGUUUCCAGACCAAGCGUGCAGCGCUGUAACACGCUCUCUGUGCCCUGGUCUUCUCUGCCUGUGGCCGCUUCCAGCUUCUCCCGUGGGGACCGCUGUGAACACCUCUCAGAGCAGGGAGGGCACCCCCCUCCUCCCUGUGGCUUGGAGCUUUAGGGAGAAGAGCUAAAUUUGUUCUGGGGGACCACCAUUGGGAACAAGGGACAGGGAGAGAAUCGCCUUUCUUUUCCUCUCUCACUCCAGCGUUAAUUAGACUUUCCCUCCUGAGGCCCCAGGGGAGGCCACUGUGAGGAGAGCGGCUCAUCACGCGGGCAGCCCCCUGACAAGCUGGGGAUGCCGCCUGUGUGAAGGCUGCGGCCACAGGAUGGGCAGGAAAGUCAGCGCAGGCUUCGAACCUGCCCCCUCAGUCACUCAGGCUUCCCGGCACGCCAGGGCCUCGCUGGCUCCCAGCGGGCUGGGGAACACCUGGCCCUCAGCUACCUCACCCUCAGAGCAUCAAGGGAAGCCCACAGUAGCACAGAGCACUCCGAGCAAUUAAAGGAAGCUGUGAAGACUCUUCCAGAGCCUAGGAUGCAAUGAGCGCUAUGGCGGGUCCUGGAGAAAGUCAAGCGCCCUGGAGUACCGGGGCUCCAGGUGCCACUGGGGAUGGGUCACAGCUGGCCCUGGCCCUUAGCCUCCGAAGUCACUGGCCACCGUGGGUACCUGUAUCUCUCCAUGCCAGCCUCCUUUCAGCAAGCUCUAAAGCAGGCCUGAAUUUAUCUUCCGUUCUCCUUUUCCUCUCCAACAUUCUUAGCUACAAAUCAAAGGUACCACUCCAUUUAUUGGUGGAAUUUGACCUUAUUACCUGUGUCCCCAGCCCUCGCUGCAGAUUCACCCAUGCACACAUGAAGGAGACCUAGAACAUUGUCUUCUCCCUCCCUCCAAGUCCCCAGUGUCCACAUCGCUUCCAGAAAGUUGCCUGGAGACAUUAGUAUGAGGCUUUUGCCUACACACUGUCUCCAGGGUUACAGGAAGGAAUCUUUUGGGGUUACAGGAGCUAUCAUCUAUCCAAAGGCAUUACUUGAUUCAGAAUGCCAGAGAGCAGCUAAUCUGCAUGACUGGCUUGUAGCCCAAGCGCAUAACAGACACGGGUCACCUCGGGCCAACUCUCAGUCACAGAGGUGUACACAGACACACCUGUGCCCCUUCCCCAUGCAGCAGCCAGUGGAACCAGACCUCCACCAUGGAGAAUGGGUUUCUUGUACUGGUCUCCAGCACCAUGAGGAAGCAGGAUGAGACACGCCAGAAAGGAUCAAGGAUAACCUGACUGUUCCUUUUUUGCACAGAGAGCCCAUCAGCAGGAAAUCGGUUUAAAUCUAGUUAGCCGGCAGAACCUCUGUCCUCUUGACACCUUACCUGCUUUCCAGAACUCUGCCUCUCCGCUUCUCAGAAGUCAGGGGUGGUAAUCUUAAUAAAAGGAGAAGUGGAAAAGAAUACCCAGCGAGAGGUAUCAAUCCAGAUAUAAAUUAAAUUUGCUCCCCUGCCCCAAAUCUUCAUCAAAGGUUGUUCCUUCAGCUUUCCAUGUCUAUUUUGCACUUUGAAAGCUCCGCCCAGUUUGAAUAUUCCUGUGGAAAGUUCUUGAGCCUGGGAGUUCUAUUUUCCAAAAAAGAAAAUAGUAAAUCAUAGAGGUUUAGCCACUGAACAUGUUAAACUGUAAGUUAUGUUUCAAGCUGUGAAAAAAAAUAAACUGUUUUAAAGGCUGAAAUAAAACCUGAAAAUAAAG